AUGGCCAAAGACGCGAUCACCGAUCGACCCCUUCCUGCCGGAACGAAGACAGAGUCGGGCAAAGAGCGAGGUCCAGAGAAAAGCAUUACCAAGCUGGAUACUUGGAGAAGCUUUGCCAAGUACGGAUGCUUCGAUAGCGAAGCGGAGCAACAAUGGUGGAAUGACAGCGGAGCGCUGAUAGCGCGUUUUCUCCAGAUAAUGGAUAUGGACAUCCACCAGCAGUAUCAGUAUCUGGUCUUCUUCCGCCAGAUGGUCAUUCCAGCUCUGGGACCUUGGCCGCCAGUUCGUCGGUGCUGCCUGAAUACUUCGGAGAUCGUGUGGGAGCCCAGUGUCAACUGGGGCCCGGGAAAUCCUGUGCUUAGGGUCAGUAUCGACCCAAUCAGCAAAAUCACCGCCACUGCUUUGGAUCCGUUGAACAUCGACACGGUCAAUAGUAUGGUUUCUCGACUGGCCUCGCUGGGGCUGGAGGGGUUCGACCGCACACUCCAUUACCAUUUUACCCGCGAGUUUUGUAUCCCAGAGGAACGCUUGAAGACUUUCCAGCAAGAGAGCAGAGAGCCGAUUGCGUGGUCGCAAACACUCCUUGGCUUUGACUUCAAAGACGGCAAGAUAGUCACGAAACAGUACCUUUGGACCCGACAAGCUAGCCACGCGAGUGGUCUACAUCCACACGCUCUAAUCCGCCGCGCCGUUGCGGGUGUUGAACCCCAGAUGCGAUGCUCGGAGGCAGUCGAGUUAGUCCUGGAGUAUAUGGAGAAAUUCCACGCCUCGACGCCGGUGCCGUUCUUUAGUUGGGACCUGGUCGAUCCGUCCAAAUCGCGACUGAAACUUUACAGUGUAGACUGGAAAUGGACCUGGGCCAAGGUCCAAGAAGUCUGUACACUCGGGGGCAAGCUCCAAGGCCCACUAAUCGACCGCAGCCUAGAUAUCCUUGCAAAACUGUGGGAUAUGCUAAAGCUGGACGAAAGCAAGCCUACAAUGGGGGCGAUUUGGAACUUUGAAAUCCGUCCUGGCCAUGCCCAGCCCAGUAUCAAGUUUUAUUUCGCGCUCUGUGAUCUAACUGAUGCCGAAGCUGCACAGGUAGUGUCGCAGUGGUUUGACCUUCUCGGAUGGCAUGAAAAAGCCAGAUCAUAUCCGGAGAUCUUGAGAUAUCUUCAGCCGAAUCGCAAUCUUGAUACAACAAAGGGUUCCCAUUCAUGGUUGUCAGUUAUGGUCACAGAGGACAGUGCUUACACGUCACUUUACUAUCAUCCCUUGGGUAAUGGACCUGAUGAUCAUAAGAUCCGGGAAUCGUGGUUUAGCACGGAUUGA